CACACACACAUUGGCACAUUGCACAUUGGCAAAGACCCCCAACGGUGAAGACAACGAUUAUCACCAAGUUACACUCCCUCGUUUCCUCCGCCACAUUCAUGAUUCACCACCACCCUUUGUUUCUGAAUCUCAUUAUAUAAACUAAACACCUCAAUUGAAUCCCAUUCCAUUUUCCUUUCAUUCUUCUUCUUCUCCUUCUCCACACACAAACAUCAUACAUAGUAUUCAACGAUGUCUUUCACUGCGACCAAAUUCUCCCACCUUCCUCCUCCUAUCAAUUCCACCAUCCCCAGAUCCAAUGACAACAAGCCUCUCUCCUUCGAUGUUUCCAGAGCUAACCCUUCUUCCUCUUUCCUUGGAUCCGCUCGCAAGGUGCUUCGCUUCAAUGCGGGCCCCGCUAAGGUUCUUGCUCAGCGCCGUUCUUCUUCUUCUUCCCCUGCUGCUGCUGUUCUUCUCGAACGAACCUCCAAUCUGCUUAUCACAAAAGAGGAAGGGUUGGAGCUCUAUGAAGACAUGAUAUUAGGGAGGUUCUUUGAAGACAAGUGUGCCGAGAUGUAUUAUAGGGGCAAAAUGUUUGGUUUUGUUCACUUGUACAAUGGCCAAGAAGCUGUGUCAACUGGAUUCAUCAAGCUUCUGAAGAAAGAAGAUAGUGUAGUGAGCACCUACAGGGACCAUGUUCAUGCACUGAGUAAAGGGGUCCCGGCACGGGCUGUGAUGAGUGAACUCUUUGGGAAGGCGACGGGAGUCUGCCGAGGUCAGGGGGGUUCGAUGCAUAUGUUCUCAAAAGAGCACAACGUGCUCGGUGGGUUUGCAUUCAUUGGUGAAGGAAUUCCAGUGGCCACCGGGGCAGCAUUUUCCAGCAAGUACAGAAGAGAGGUAUUGAAUCAGGCAGAUUGUGAUCAUGUGACAUUGGCAUUCUUUGGAGAUGGAACUUGUAACAAUGGACAGUUCUAUGAAUGCCUUAACAUGGCUGCUUUGUGGAAGUUGCCAAUUGUGUUUGUGGUGGAAAAUAAUUUGUGGGCCAUUGGGAUGUCACAUCUCAGGGCAACUUCAGAUCCUGAGAUAUGGAAAAAGGGGCCAGCAUUUGGAAUGCCAGGGGUUCAUGUAGACGGGAUGGACGUUUUGAAGGUCAGGGAGGUGGCAAAGGAGGCGAUUGGAAGGGCUAGAAGAGGAGAGGGACCAACUCUAGUGGAAUGUGAGACCUAUAGAUUUAGAGGACACUCAUUGGCUGAUCCCGAUGAGCUUCGUGACCCAGCUGAGAAGGAACACUAUGCUGGUAGGGAUCCCAUCACUGCAUUGAAGAAAUACAUUUUUGAAAACAAUUUAGCCAGUGAACAAGAAUUGAAGGCCAUAGAGAAGAAAAUUGACGAGGUCCUUGAAGAAGCUGUUGAAUUUGCAGAUGAGAGCCCUCUUCCACCCCGCAGCCAGCUUCUGGAGAAUGUCUUUGCUGAUCCCAAAGGUUUUGGUAUUGGGCCUGAUGGCAAGUAUAGGUGUGAGGAUCCAAAAUUCACCGAAGGCACUGCUCAUGUCUAAUCUUUUACACUCUGACUAAUAUCUGCUUGGGGCCUUCAGUUUUGUAUGGAAGUUCUUAAUUUGCAUGCAGUGCACCUUGUCUACGAAACAGGACUUGUUCUUUUUAUUAUUGUUUGUGUUAAGAUUGGAAAUCUACUAAGUUUGAUUAAAGCCUGUAAGAACUGUGUAAAAUAAAUUUUUAUUUUUACUUCUGCUCUUAAGUAAUAUACUUGUUAAAUGUGAGGUGACA